AUGGUGAGGGCCUAUACGAGGCUUCAACAACGGUGGAGGUCGACGGGGCUGACAGAGUCCAAUACAUGGCGUAUCACAAUCAAUGAGAAGAAAUUUAUCGAGAGCGCUCUUCUCUCCGACCUUCGACUUGACGGUUGCCAUCCAUUUGACUACCGCAAUCUUAUCAUCACCUUCGGCAAGGAGGAUGGCUCGGCGGAGGUGCAGUUGAGCCGAACCCAUGUCAUGGGAUUUGUCACGGGCCAGCUGGUUCAGCCCUACCAUGACCACUCCAAGGAGGGCUCGCUUUCCAUCUUCACCGAGUUCUCCCCCAUGGCUGGCCAUUCCUUCGAGCCUGGCUACCCCAGCGAAGCUGCUGUUGAGCUCGGCCGCAUUAUAGACCGUGGCCUAAGAGAAAGCACGGCUGUUGACACUAAAUCUCUUUGUGUUCUUCAAGGGAAAUUGGUUUGGGCCAUCCGUAUUGACCUCCAUUUUCUAGAUAAUGGAGGGUUUCUUACAUUUUGUGGUGUAUCUCUCUGUUCAGAGAUAGAGCUCAUCUCUUCAUCCAACAGGAGUGUUGGAGUUAAAAAGGGCCAUAAAUUUACAGAAGCAAGGAAUGCUUGCUACUUGCUCGAUUGGUCAGAUGCAAUUAUUGCUGAAGGCCGUUUGGAUUCUAGUGAUCCAGACUUAGAGGUGCACAAAAUUCCUCUUGGACCAGAUUUUAUGCGUGUAUGGCUUGAUGUUGCUAUUGUGCCUGGUGUGUAUUUAUUUCGUCCUAACUAUGCGAUGCUUACUAUAUGA